UUUCACAUGAUGACAUGCUUAACUCCUUCAGUCUUACUGUAGGCUUUGUUUUUUUAGGUGAUAUAGAUGCUUGUUUGAUGUGUUGUUUUUUUUUAAUAGUUUAAUUGCAUUUUUCUAAAAUGCUGGAAGUUUAAAAACAAAAAAAUGAAAGAGAGUUGCUAAGGUGUGUUCAGCCCUCUUGUUGAUGCUAAUGUUUUAAUGCUCAAGGAAAUAAUUUCCUCUCACGUUGGAGGAGGAAGGGAAGAUUAUGGUUAGAAGUUGGUUCCACAUGUGGUCAAAGCACUCCACAAUUUUUCAUUUUUAAUAUGAUUUCAGUCAUAAAGUUUGCAAGGGGUGAUACUGGCCAAGGAGUAAGAACAUGGAUAAAACAAAUUUUGAAUCAAGACAUGGUUUUCCAGCAUAUAAAAGUGAUUUACCCAACAGCUCCUGCCAGGCCUUACACACCUAUGAAGGGAGCCACUUCCACUGUGUGGUUUGACAGAUAUAAAAUUUCUAAUGACUGUCCAGAACACAUUGAGAGUAUUGACACUAUGUGCCAAGAACUUACAGAUUUGAUCAAUGAUGAGAUGAAAAAUGGCAUCACAAAGGGCAGGAUACUAAUAGGAGGCUUUUCUAUGGGAGGUGGAAUGGCAAUGCAUUUAGCAUAUAGGUUUCAUCAAGAUCUGGCAGGAGUCUUUGCACUGUCUAGUUUUCUCAAUAAAGAUUCUGCUGUAUAUGAGGCUUUGAAAAGAAAUGAAAGUGUUCUUCCAGAAUUAUUUCAGUGUCAUGGAACUGCUGAUGACCUAGUUCUGUAUUCUUGGGGUGAAGAAACGAACAAGAUGUUAAAGUCACUGGGAGUAUCAACUUCUCUUCAUACUUUUCCAAACCUCAAUCAUGAGUUAAACAGAAAUGAAAUAGAAGAACUUAAAACCUGGAUUCUAAAGAAGUUGCCUAUUGAAGCUGAAAAGUCAAAUGAAUAAAAGAUGUAGUAUUCAUGUAUUUCCUAUUGUUUGCGGGUUUAUAUAGGCACACAUUCAGGUAGAUGCUGUUAUAUUCCAUAGAGUUCAAUAGUGACUUGAUGGUGCUGGCUACUAACACCCACUUUAUCAUAUGGAUUUCUUUUUUUGUUUUCUUGUACAGUUUUUUAAAUACAUAUCCUUGUCAGUCUAUUGGCGUAAUGACUGUUAGUAUUAAAAACUGUCUUAGAUUAUCCAAACAAUAUUCAGGAAGUAAAGUUGAGCAUUUCUAAGAUACUUAUUUCUUUUUUUGCAUACUUUUCAACCUCAGAACACAAUGCUAUGGUUGCGUCCACUGGUUUAAAAGUAGAGUAGAGAGCAGUGGUUAAAUAAUGGACAUUUACCUUUCCAUGUACAAUUCAGAUUAGUUAACUUAGAGCAACUGUAUUGGCUUCACGAGAAAUUUGGGUAUGUGGGAAUUAAUGUGUCAAAGCAGAGUUGUAUGGUACUUCAGAAAAAUAACUGAUCUUUGUGAUAGAGUUUUCAAAUGAGUCAAAAGUAGCAAAUGUCUGUCUACACCACAGGCCCUUGGUAUUGCUUUGUGUCAUUGUGGUGUUUCUUAGAGUCCUACUUUUAUGUGAGUUCCUUGAGCCCUGUGUCUCUCACUCUGUAGGUUUAAAAAAAAAAAAAAAAAAAAAAAAAAAAAAAAAAGUGCCAUGAUCCCUGGUAAGAUAUCCUGUUUUUGAAGAAAUCAUUCUUUGGGCACUAUUCCUGUAGAAACUUAGUUUUGCCAACAGUUCUAUUUUGGCUUGCAAGAUCACAUUUUAAAUUAAAAGAUGAGGAUAUUUGACUCCUCCAUGAACAUUUAGACGAGUUGUAAAUAAUAAUUGUGAUAUAAAGAAACCUUGUGUCCAUUUUAAUGGUGGAUGAUUCAUCUUUGUGUCAGCUUGAUAAAUUAACUCAGAGUAUAAAUAUUCUUAUGUAAUUUUUAUGCUUUUUCUUAUUUUUCCCCCUCUGCCCCGAUUUCUCCUCCCCCAAAUUCAGUAAUUUUAUUAGCAUGACAAGGUAUUCAGCCUUUUGCCAAAGUCAAUAGAUCCAAGUCUCUUGCUUAAUCUUCUCCUUCCCCCUUUUCUGAAGAGUGGAUCUAGGACACUGUUGUUUGCUCUGUCACAGCAGAUUGUUGCCAGUAUUGGCUAUGACUCCAAAAGUGUCGGCCAGCUCAAGGGGACUAAGAGUUUUGUUCAAAUUCUCAUGCACGGAGACCUAAGCCAGCUUUUACCUAUCUUCAGGAAUAAGCAAAGGGGGAAAAAUGUCACUGUUCAAGUACAAGGCAUGUAAUUGGCAGUAGCAAGUAACAACUUCCUGCUGCUAAAAAUAUUUUCCUUUAUUUCAUUCUGCUAGCGUUAGCAAGUCAGCAGUCUGUUCUGAAAAACAGGAUUUUAAAUGGCACAUGAAAUCUCUGCUGUUUGAAAUAGUAACUGAAAAGCUUUUUUUUUUUCUUUUUUUUUUUUUUCCCUCUGGUGCCCUAGGCUUCUUAAUUACAAAUUAAAUUGAAACAGGUGUGUUCAGAAGCAGCUGAGCUAACUUUGCCCUGGCCCAACUCUAAUUGCAGUUGUUCACAAGUGCAGUUUUAACAUUUGAGUGAUGGUACAUCAUUUAGAGAUUUGCACCAUUUUCUGUUCCUCCUGCCGUUUCUACCAGGAAGCUGUUUGAACCAUUGGUAAUGCAAGGUGGUAAUUUGUUUUGGUGACAACUGUGGCUGGAUGGGAGAUAGGCAAGUUUUUUGCAGGGAGGAUUUUAACAAGAUCAGAGAAUACUGAUCAGAAAUACUAUUCAGAAUACUGUUCAGAAAUUAAGUUUGCCACUACGUUUGUGGCUGUUUCUUUCUUUCUUUCUUUCUUUCUUUUUUUUUGGGGGGGGGGGGAGGGGGAAGCUGUAAAUAUAGUUUAGUUUUGUUCUCUUGAUGUAAUCUGAGAAGCAAUUAAGGUCAGUGUUUCAUGAAAUUCUUAGAAAGCAGUGAGGUCCCCAGUUUGUCUGUUUUCUUCCAUCUUUCUCAGCCUAUCAGUGAAAUGCCAAGUAAAAGAUACACCAUGGCAUAAGAUUGGAAAUCUGUUAGGUCUGUGCUCUAAAGGGAUCCAAAUCUGAGAGUGUGAGUGACUUCAAAACUAAGAACAUUUUGGAGAGUAGAGAACAACAGUGUUUUCAUUUGGUUUGGAGGAAGCUACAGUGAGGGCAGUGUGAUGUUUAGCCCAUUGGUUGAGAGUGGCAUGGCGCUGCGCCUCAGAUGGUGCCUUGCUAAGACUGGACAAACAGAUUGAAACUUUGCCUAGAAAAAGUUGGACUGCUGUUGGAAUUGAGAACCAGCCAGAGGCAAUAUUGGUCCUUGAAGACCACGGGCCUGCUAUUAAAUCUCUAGUCAAAAGAGAAUUUUAAUAGCUGAAGUUAUCCCAGCUGCUUGACAGAAUGUUACAGGAGAAAUCCAGAUAGAUUUUUGGCUGCCUAAGGACUUACCUUUUUGACCUGGCCAGUUUUUACAACAGUUUUAAAAUUUCACUUUUAAAUGGAUACUAGGGCUCAGAGCAGUGGUUCAUUAUCCAAAAGGGCAUCUCAGUAAAGAACAAGGUACUACAGCUGCAGGGUGUACUUUUUAAUUGCUGGGUGGAGUUUUAAGUGCUUGGUAGAAUGCUUAAAAGAUUGGAGAGAGUUCUCUUUUAACUAAUAGGUUGUGUGCUACUUAUUCAAAAUUGUUGAGUGUUACUUCCAUUUUUAUUAAUGAUCCGAUUGGGGGAGUUAAAUGAAUCCCUAGCAAAGCUUAGAGCUGCAGCUGAGAUCCAAACUAGAGGGUGCUGUUGACUCUCUGGAGCCUUACAGAGGGAUCUAGAUUGAAGCAUCCAGUGCAGGGCAACAAAGCUGUAACAGGCAUGUUCUAUGAGGAAAUUUGGACUGUCCAGUCUGUAAUUUUUUAUGAAAGUCAACUUAGUGAGCAAAAGAGAACCAGCUUAAAUGAAACAAUUCUUUGAUGCUCAGUGAAUGUAUUCUUCACUGCUUCAGAAACAAAGCACUAGCAUUUGGACUCUUUUUAAUUUUCUCACAUUACACAUUUGUAUUUCAGAUGUCUGAAAUAUGACUAGAUCUUUGCUGUGAACUUGUAUGCCUUCUGAGUAAUCAGUGUUUUAGAACAAGCAGGCAGAGAACAAAUGUAAAUAAAGAAAGCAGAAAUCAGCUGAUCAAAGCCAGAAGCCAAAAAUCAUUGGUAAUUUAAUUUUGACAUUAAAGUAGGAAAUUUUCUACUUAAUCUCUUCUCCUGUUAAAUCUUUAGCUUUCAUUUUUUUAGUAAAAUUUUAAAGCCAUUUAACAAGUCUCUACAGAUUCAGUGAGCCAAGUAAGUGGGUGAAUGUAACUUACAUUCAUAAAGAUGCGAUCCAGAUGGCAGUACAUGGAAACGGAAACGUAGUGGACUAUGAUAUAGUGAAAUUUGUUAAGGCAUAGAUGGUGGAAUGCAAUAGCAUUUUAUUGUCCUAGAACAUGUGUCAACAGGAAAGCUAAGUACACUGUUUGAGAGAGCUCAGGAAUAAAAAUUUUAAAAAGCAUCUAUUCCAUGACUUUUCUUACUGGAGUCAACCUGUAUUUGUGAUGCAUCUAGUUAAAGGUACUCUAGAAAAAGGAAGUAAUGCAAUUACCAAUUCAUGUGUUUUCCUAACUUUUUUUUUUUUAAUCCCCUUAUACUGGAGGAAUGUGAUAUGACUGCUCAGAAGAAACAGCUGGCAGUUCUAUUUUCAAUAUCAAAUUACGUACUCAGAUGUUUUUCUGUACGCUGCCAUGGGACUUUACUGCAUCCUACUCAUGUCUUAGUUACUGAGUGAUCAGUAGCAUUGGCUCAGAAUGUGGGAGACAAGUGUUUUUCCCAUACGUAGCUGUGUGUGAGAAUAUUUGUCUUUAUAAAUGGGCACCAGAAGGAAAAGGCAGUUCCUCCAUCACCAUUCUGUACUACAAUAGUUAAUGUUAGCUAAAGACAUGAGACACCUGGUUUUAAUUCCUCUGCCCAUCUGUGCAUGUUCACCUGUGUGCCUAUAUAGGCAAUUUAUCAGUUGCCUGUUUAGUAUUGAGUAUAUCAUCAUUCACUGUAAGAAAAUCUCAGCUGAUUUCUUUCUUUUGCUUAGGUGGGUAGUAGGAGUGAGUUAUGUUCAUUCUCCUUAUCUCUCAUAAGAGACUAGUUAACUAUUACAGAUGAAGUAGUGAAGACAGAGCAUCCUGCACUAGUCUACUGACCAGUAGUUUGAGUAAUGUCGUGCAGGUGUGGAAUGCUGACUGAAACUUUUUGGGGAGAGGUGGAAGUGAGUUUGUACCCUGUGUCUUUGGUGACCACUGUGUUUCUGAAUAGCUGGAUUAAAAAAAAAGAAGUCACAUUGCAAGUGAUGUGGACCUAGUAAGGCCUCUUACUCCCCAGGGCACAACAAGUUGGGCUGGCAACCUUCAUUUUCCUAGCAUAUUCAGGUAGUUGCUGUGCGUGGGAUUUGAAGUACAGAAAUCCUAUUCUUCUGUUAUGCAUGUAAGGCCUGCAGAUGCUGCCUUGGUGAGGAGGCACCCAAAAUAUUUUGUGGUUUCAUUGUGUAAAAUCAUAGGCUCCUCUGAAAAAGCAAUCAAAUUUUUGAUUGUUCCUUAUUAACUCAAGUUUUCAAAAAGACUUGUGUAAUGAGUGUUGAACAUUACUCUAGGGCUGUAAAUUACUAGUGACAAGGAAGUUAGAUUCUUUAGAACAAAGCCAGUGAGACUCCAUAGCCUGGGUCUUAAAACAGAUUGAAGACAGUCAGAAUAGACCAGAGUACGCUUACAGUUUUUCCAGUACUUCAUGGGGCUGGUAUUUUGUGGUUGGAGGAUACAGUGCACAGGGUUUUGCAAAGUGCUUAUUGUUCUCAAUUAACUGCAACAUAAAGUAGUUACAAUCUAGUGAUCUGAUAUUCAGAAUAAAACCACAGAAGAGUUAUUAAUUGGUUCUCUGUGCUCUUUUGGUAUAGUUGAAGAUGUCUGUCAGAACGUGUACUGGUAAACAUCUAACAUAAAAUUGUAGUUUGAAUUAAAAAAGCCAUCAAGCGAUGUUACUAUUAUGUAUACAAUAGGGAAUUUAUACAUAUGACUUCUGCUGGUUCUUAGCCUUUGAAUCGUGCAGAACUAAAUCAGACUGCAAGGCUUGCAUGUCGUCAUUGUUGAUCUUAGAUUAAAAAAUCCUCUCUGGAGCACAUUUCAGCCAAAUACUAAUUGAUACUCAAGCAUAUGAACAACCUCUACUGCCUUAAAGCCUAUGGUUUCCACUGAUGAAUAUGUCUGACUUCAAAGAUGGAGUUUAUUUUCUUUUAGAUUGGAGGGUUUGGGGUGAAGUACUUAAUGUAGCCAAGGUCUUGUGGAAAGGAGCCAAAAUAGCAAUGAACCUCGGUCACUGUAGUAUGCCAGAAAUUCUAAGGGAGUGAUUUAGAACUUCCAGAGUAGGAAGAAUGGUUAAAUGCUUGACCAUCCUUCCCUUUCAUAGCUGUGAUUUUUAAUUACUGAUCUUUAGCCCAGUUAAUGUGACCCUGAGGAAGAUCUCUGGUUUAGGCUUACUUUCUCUUGAAGUUUAAGAUAGAAUAAUUUGCAUGUUAAAAUGAUGCAUCAUUCUGGCAGCAAACUUAAUUUAUAAUUAAAAUGGAAUUUCCCAUCAUUGUAUUUGCUGUGCAGAGGUAGUAAUGACUGGUGACUUUCUGGGUGAGAAUAAUUGCAUUGUCCUCAGUAGAAUUUUUUCAAGUAUGCAGAAUCUUAAAUCAGGUUUUAUCCAUAGAUCUGUCUUUAUUUAGGUGUUGGUCCUGCACCUUUGAGAGAAAUUAGUGCUCUCCAGGACUUCCAUCAAAUAGUUCCCAGUCUAAAUUAAAUAAAUUAAACACCCAGUGAGGAACUCAGAGUUUGGAAAUCGUAGAAUUCCUUUAUUUGUUAUGUAUCAGACUUUUUUUUUUUAGUUAGAAUCUGCAAGUGACUGUCAUCUUACCUUCUCUGCUGGUUUGGGGAAGGAGAAGUUUGUUCAGUAUUAGAUUCCUUCUCCUGUUGGACAGUCAGCCUGAAGAGGAGUAACUGGUUCCAUGACACAAUACAUGAGCUUUACAUUUAGGAGACUGUAGUUUCGUCUUUAUAAGUAAAGAUUUUCAUGCUGAGAUGUCACUUGUAGCACGUGCUAAGGUGAUAUGGAGUGUCAUGUGCUGAUUUAAAAUAAUUUUAUAAAUAAUGAACCAGAACAAAAAUGAAGGAUGGGGCUGUCUAUUUUUAAUAAUAUAUCGGCAUAUUAUUUGAAAGCAAUGUGGCCCAUGCUUCUGUUUGUAUUUAUAAUUUAGCAUGAGUCAUAACCAGAAGUCAGCUGUCCUGGUGAAAAGAAAAGAAUGUGAUAUUAAGAUUACAAGUGCCAAGGCAGAUUUUGUAUAUUGAAAGCUGACCAAAAAAAAAAAAAAAAAAAGACAAUUU